AAAUAUAUAUUGAUACAUAUUACUUUUUAAAGCAAUGAACCAACCAGUAGUAUAUAUUGUACUAUACUCGCUAUAUCAUCACGUUUAUACAUUAUCAUUGUCCAUCAAAGAAGGAUUGGAAUCAGAAGGUGUUCAUGUCAAGUUAUUCCAAGUUUCAGAAACUCUUUCGGAUACAAUUCUUAAUAAGAUGCAUGCGCCUAGCAAACCAGACAUUCCUAUCAUUACAGUUGAUCAACUCACAGAGCCUGAUGGUCUCAUUUUUGGCCUUCCUACUCGAUUUGGUACCAUGCCUGCACAAAUGAAAAACUUCUUAGAUGCGAGUGGUGCUAUUUGGGCAAAAGGAGCCUUAGCAGGAAAAUUUGCUGGUGCAUUCUUCUCAACUGCCUCUCAACAUGGUGGACAAGAAUCGACUGCUUGGGCUAUCAUUUCAUAUUUUGCCCAUCAAGGUAUGUUAUAUGUCCCCUUUGGUUAUGCUCAUCCUGCUCUCCAGAAUAAUGAUGAAGUGAUUGGUGGAUCUGCUUAUGGUGCAGGCACGAUCACUGAGGGUGAUGGUUCUCGUCAACCAUCUCAAUUUGAAUUGACCAUUGCUCAUAAUCAAGGCAAAAACUUUGGUACUAUCUUGCGCACAUUUGUAAAGGGGAAGAGUUAUAAUAUCUCGAAUUCAACUACCCAUUUACAAGCUCAAUCCGCUGUUCUUGAUACUGCUAUACCAGCUGGUCAUGGUCAAGCUACAAAACUUCAAUCAACUAAUGAUGAUGUUGUUCAAGUUGCUACUUCCGGUUCGACUCAGAGUGAUGGUUCUCGUGCCGCUAAUAUAGGAUCAUAUGAUGGCAACGCUAUUCCUUCUAAUACGGCGUCAGGAGUUCCUGAUACACCAGCCGGUAAUGCUCCAGUUGGUACAGUAGGAGAAAUUGAUAAAGCGAAUACUGCUGCUGCUGCUAUGACUGCUCAUGAACGUGAUACUACUACUACUACUACUACUACGAAUCUAUCGAAGAAUGAACAGCAAAGACAAAAUAUAAAUGAUGAUACUAUAACAGCCCCUGCCACCACAACAGCAGAAGCUGAUCCAACAAGCACUGCUGCUACUAAUACAGAAUUGCCAUCUAAUAAUAACAAAGCAACGAAAACAGGCACUGAAGAAGGAAUUACAAAUACAAAUGCCACUACUGCUACACCUACUAAAACCGAAAAGAAACCAAAUAAAUUAAAAAAAUUAAAAUGGUUCUGUUGCGGUUAAUGACAGACCUUUUUUUUUUAGAUAUUAUUUUAC